AUGACGGCCCGCGGCCCCGCCGUCCGCCUGGGACCAGCGAGGGCUAGCGACAAGAGACAAACGGUAACAGGCAAUGCUGUCCCUCUCAACGUUCUCCACUCUCCGUCGCCCGCCGCGAGCACGGCCGCAGCUCACUCGGCCACCGCUGCCUGCCCCGGUGCUGCGCCGCCCACCGCGCCCGCCGGAACUGCACCAGUCCGCUCGCUCGCCCGUCCUCGCAGCGCGCUGCCCGACCAUCGCCCGCCACCCGUCGCCCGGCGCGCCUCCCACCGCGAGUGCGCCUCCCGCCGUGAGCUCGGCCGCAGCUCACCCGGCCACCGCUCGCCGCUCGGUGCGCCGGCGGCCACGAGCGCCACGUCCGACGCGCAUGCGGCUCCGUCGCCUGCCACGAGCGCGGCCGCAGCUCACCCGAACGCCGCUACCCGCCCCAGUGCUGCGCCGCCCGCCGCGCACGUCGGAGCUGUGUCAGUCCGCUCGUCCGCCCGUCCUCGCAGCGCGCUGCCCGACCAUCGCCUGCCACGCGCCGCUCGGUGCGCCUCCCACCACGAGCGCGACACCUGA